AUGGAUUAUCCCAAAAUGGAUUAUUUUCUGGAUGUCGAGUCUGCCCAUAGACUCUUGGAUGUUGAGUCAGCUCAGAGAUUCUUCUACAGUCAAGGAGCUCAAGCUCGCCGGGCGACCCUGCUCCUGCCUCCCACAUUAAUGGCGGCAUCUUCGGAGGAUGAUAUAGACCGGCGGCCCAUCAGAAGAGUCCGCUCCAAGAGCGACACGCCGUACCUCGCCGAAGCCAGGAUCUCCUUCAACCUAGGGGCAGCUGAGGAAGUGGAGAGGCUGGCGGCCAUGCGUUCUGACUCCCUCGUUCCAGGUACCCACACCCCACCCAUCCGCAGGAGAAGUAAGUUUGCCAACCUGGGAAGGAUUUUCAAGCCUUGGAAGUGGAGAAAGAAGAAAAGCGAGAAGUUCAAACACACAUCCGCAGCCCUGGAAAGGAAAAUAUCAAUGAGGCAAAGCAGAGAGGAGCUGAUAAAACGAGGAGUCUUGAAGGAAAUCUAUGAUAAAGAUGGGGAACUCUCCAUAUCGAAUGAAGAUGACUCGCUGGAAAAUGGACAGUCCCUGAGCUCCAGCCAGCUGUCUCUGCCUGCCCUGUCCGAAAUGGAGCCGGUCCCAAUGCCCAGGGAUCCCUGCUCAUACGAGGUGCUCCAACCUUCAGACAUCAUGGAUGGGACAGUGUCUGAAGAGAGUCCCUCUGCCAGUGAGUCUGGAAUCCUCCUGGCCCAAGAUCCUUCAGCCAAACCAGUCCUGCUACUGCCCCCCAAAAAACCUGCUGCUUUCUCUGGAGACCAUGAGGAGACCCCAGUGAAGCAGCUGUCCCUUCUCAAGCAACCCCCCGCCCUGCCUCCCAAACCCACUGCCAGGAUUGCCAACCACUUAACAGAUCCUGGCGCCCCUGUGAAAUUGCCUUGUCUGCCAGUGAAACUGUCGCCUCCGCUACCUCCAAAGAAAGUCAUGAUCUGUAUGCCUGUAGGGGGGCCAGACCUCUCCCUGGCAUCCUACGCAGCCCAGAAGAGUGGCCAGCAGAGUGGGGCCCAGCACCACCAUGCAGUCCUGCCAUCACAGAUCCAGCACCAGCUGCAGUAUGGCAGCCUCGGCCAGCACCUCCCUUCCACUACCGGCUCCCUCCCCAUGCACCCCUCCGGCUGCAGGAUGAUAGAGGAGCUGAACAAAACGCUGGCCAUGACCAUGCAGAGGCUGGAAAGCUCUGAACAGCGGGUCCCCUGCUCCACUUCUUACCACAGCUCUGGUUUGCACUCUAGUGACGGUGUCACAAAAGCGGGACCUCUGGGCCUUCCAGAAAUAAGACAAGUGCCAACUGUUGUGAUUGAAUGUGAUGACAAUAAAGAAAAUGUGCCUCAUGAAUCAGACUACGAAGACUCUUCUUGCCUAUACACAAGAGAAGAGGAGGAAGAGGAGGAGGACGAGGACGAUGAUAGCUCGCUGUACACCACCUCCCUGGCCAUGAAGGUGUGCAGGAAGGACUCCUUAGCCAUCAAGCUCAGCAACAGGCCCUCCAAGCGGGAGCUCGAAGAAAAGAACAUCCUUCCUAGGCAGACAGAUGAGGAACGAUUAGAGUUGAGGCAGCAGAUCGGCACCAAACUCACCAGGCGGCUGAGCCAGAGGCCGACAGCAGAGGAACUGGAGCAGAGGAACAUUCUAAAACCUCGGAAUGAACAGGAAGAACAAGAGGAGAAAAGAGAGAUCAAGAGGAGGCUAACCCGCAAGCUCAGCCAAAGACCCACAGUGGAAGAACUUAGAGAAAGAAAGAUCCUCAUCCGUUUCAGCGACUAUGUGGAGGUGGCUGAUGCUCAGGACUACGACCGCAGGGCCGAUAAGCCGUGGACCCGCCUCACCGCUGCCGACAAAGCUGCCAUUCGAAAGGAGCUCAAUGAAUUUAAAAGCACUGAAAUGGAAGUUCAUGAAUUGAGUAGACAUUUAACAAGGUUUCACCGACCUUAACAGUCCAAUUCCUCUUGAGUGCUAUGCUGUCUUCAAAACAUAAAUUUAUAAGAACCAUAAGUGCUGGUAUUUAUUCACUUCCCCAUUAUGAUGUAAAUCUUCUGAACUGCCUUUUUUAAAAAGAAGAAGAAGAAAAAUAAAAGGAAACAUGAUCAGGAUUCUCUUUGCGAAAAUGCGAUGGUCACCGCUCCAUGAUCAGAGCUGCUGGCACCACCGCUGAUUCGGAGGGCACCGGCAGAGCGAACUGAAGGCUUCCCAGUGCUCGGAGCGGGCCCGGUCCUCUCCAGCCAGGCCCAGCAGGCCAACCUCAUUUAGGCUCAUUUAGGCCCCAGCCAAGCUCUUCUCCUAAAGUGUGUGUCACCGGGGUCCAAAGAAAGCCGAAGCAGUGCGUUUGGCCUGGAUAUGACUGUGCAAAGCAAGUGGUCUGGUAGGCCUUCUAGACUUGGCCAGACUCACUGGCUCCAGGAGCGGCAUUGGGCUCGGGGGCCUCUUAGGAGGAGGAUGCUGAAAGGGAGCACUGUCCUCAGUUGCCCCUGUCCUUCCUCUCCCUCUAGCCAUCAUCCAUACGGUGAAUGAAAGGGAAGGUGCUUUUCUGGGGGCAUCUGUGGUUGACCUUUGGUCCCAAGAGCGUGUGCUCCCAGCAUGACUACCUGUCGUGUCCCCGCAGACUGAGCUGAGCUGCCUUCCAGGGAGCUCUGGUUUAGAAGGGAAAGCUGUCAUCUGCUCAGUUCAAAUUAAUUGACCCAUCUGUGUCCAAAAAGCCAAAUGUCACGGGUGAUCUUACGCGCACAGCCACGGCUGUGGUACUCCUGUGGUAUUCGUGCAUCCGAGUGUAAGGACCCUGUUGAGGACAGAAAGGCUGGGGUAAGAAACUGCUUGGCUGACGUUCUUCAUUUUCUCCACGCACCCCGGGGUGAGUGACUGUGUGGAAUGGAAGUUAACAAAACAGCCUCUGAGUAUAGGACCAAUGCAUGCAAGCCAGAAACCAGUCCUGAAAGGCUGGCUGUCCAGUCACUGAGGGACUGGUACUCCAGAACCACUUGAUGGCCUUCUAGUCUCCUUUCUUUGCACUGAAGAGUUUCCGUGGAGGAGCUUCAGGGUUUGGCAUAUGCCAGAAUCGUGCAAACACCAGCCACGCCUGCUCAUGCUGUACCUUUCUGCUCCUAUCCAGAGAGAAUCCUUCCUCUCCCUCAUGGUGCUGGUAAGACUGAUUGGAGAUGUCUCUCCCACUGUCCCAUUCACUUGGGACCACAAGAAGGCAGUGCUCUUCUGACAGAGGGACAACAGGGAUAAGGAUGUGCAGUGAGAGGAAGGACAGCCCCCAAGCCCUAACAACUCUCUUGAGGCCCAUUGCAGCUUCUUCUGUUUUCCUUCCUAACAGACCUCACAGGGCCCUCAGGCACACAGCUCUGCCUGGUUUUCUGUUAUGGUCUCACUGUUACCACCACUUCUCUGGGUAAUGGCUCGCUCCCCUCCACACGUGCCCAAGAGUCAGAGAGAUGCCAGAUUGGCCGUCACAAAAAGGAGUUAAGUGGCUCCCACCCCAAAACGUGUGGAAAGCGUUACUCUGGGGAGGCACACCCAUCAGUGAGGCCAUUUAAUUUUCGGCAGGCGUUAACAGCUCCUCUGGCCAGCAUUAAUCCAGGAGCUGGGCAUAUUUUGGGGGGGAGCUCAGGGCAGUUCUUUAGGCAGUGCCCACUAGCCAUUGCAAAGCUGUCGUGCGCUUUUCUCCUCCCAUCUGGAGUGAGCACGCCACUGCCCAGCCCAAGGAGGGCCGCCAUCACUAGAUCCUUUUUUUUUCUUUGAAUGUUGAAUCUGAAUAGUUAACUGUCGUGGGAAGGUAUAUUGUUCAGGGAAAACGUGGUCGGGAUUUCAGUGUGGCUGUGUAAACACAGUCUUCCCGAAAGGCUUACUGACGUUUGAAUGUGCAAAUGGUAUGACGAAAGAUGUAGGGCUCUUUCGUUUGACUUCUUUACGGCAGGCACGUGUUCCAGGCAGAGGUGCCUGCCUUGCCAGGAUUUGAGUCGGAGCUUCCUGUGACUCCCAGCUGUCUUCGUGUGGCUCACAGGGCCCUGGCACGGUGGUCGGGCCUUCCCUGGGCCCAGGAGCGAGUCCUAUGGGAACUCAUUCCAUUGCCUGGACUCCUCCUCUGAAGGCCAAUGGCUUCUCUGCUGGCUUCGGUUCUGGGGCCUCUGAAGCCCUGGGAACAUGACGCCCAAUUCAGUUUCCCUGCAGCCAGCCAGCAGCCCAGGUAUCCUGCCCAAAGUGCAGUCCACUUUGAGCAUGGAAGAUAUGGAACACAAUUUCCACUUCCAUUCCUGCAGAGCACCCUUUUUGAAAAGUCAGUUGCAGGAAUUAGGGGUGAACCUUCCACACCCCUGAAAUCUCACCUACCAUCCAAGUGGGCUAUUUCAAGCCCACUUUAGGGGGCUCAGCAAUCUCAGUGGACCACAGGAUGGGGCCUCUGUCUCUUUCCUUCCGUGAACUCUUGAGGUCUUUAGAGAAAUCUAUCCACAUUUCUUUAUUGCCAUAUUGUUAGGACAACUGGAAGAAGUUACAAAUAAAAAAAAAAGUGAGAUGGGCUAGGUGGUUUUAAAAUGCAUCCAUUUUCUGAAAAAGCUGCAGUUCUCAAAGGUCUUGUACGUAUACAUUCCCAGUUGAGCCUUUUGUCAUUUGGAUUAGCGUGAGAGGAACAAUGUGAAAUUUCGCAAAUCAAAAGGUUUCCCUCCCAAAAUCAGACAUUGCCCCAACUUCCCCACCACCAUCUGUGACAGAAAGGACUGCCAUUGGCCUACUUGCUCUUUCAAAAUUGCUAUCUAUUCCUCUCCAAAGGCCCUCAAAGCCCUGUAAAACUUUUAAAACUUUAGCCUUUAUGUCAAAUUAGAGAAACCAAACAAUGUGAUGGUAGAUGUGAUAAAAACCUGAGUUUAUUUUUUCUCCCGCUUAUGAACGUGUAUUUAUAUUUGCCGAAUGAAUAUCGUGGUGUGUGCUUCGGUGAAUGGGAUUUCAGGCUCUCCCCGUGCACAGCCAGUGGGUGAAGGUCACCUUAGAUGACUUUUUCUUCCCAUCUGUCUGUUAAUCCCCAAACCAGUUGCUUUUUCCAGUUGCUUCCCGGGUGUCUGUACAUAGUUUGUCUGUGUAUAGGAGCGCUCUCCUGUGUUCUAAUUUAACAGAUGAUGGCUGUAUGAGGAAGACAAUGUAAAUAGAAUACAAAUUAAACUGGAUCUCUAUGGCCUAGGUUUUGUACAUACAGAAACUGCAUGGUAUUUAAAUUAUUGUUUGUCUCUGAUGAUGUAUGCAGUUUCUUUAAAAACAA